UUGCGGCCAAUAAACGCCUCCACGUUCGUGCCCGCCUCGUUCCGUUUGGCGUGUUUCGCCUCGCUCGUGAGCCAGGACUACGUGAACGGCACGGACCAGGAGGAGAUCCGCACCGGUGUUGAUCAGUGUAUCCAGAAAUUUCUGGAUGUCGCAAGACAAACAGAAUGUUUUUUCCUACAAAAGCGACUGCAGCUCUCUGUCCAGAAACCGGAGCAAGUGAUUAAAGAGGAUGUCUCAGAGUUAAGAAACGAAUUGCAGAGAAAAGAAGCAUUAAUUCAGAAGCACUUGGGCAAGCUGCGCCACUGGCAGCAGGUGCUGGAGGAUAUCAGUGUGCAGCACAAGAAGCCUGCGGAGAUGCCUCAGGGCCCCCUGGCUUACCUGGAACAGGCAUCCGCCAACAUUCCUGCCCCCAUGAAGCCGACGUGAGCGUUACGCUCCUUGGGAAUGUCCGGAACGGGGCACCGGCGCCUGGCACUUCCUACUCUAACUGGGGUCUGUAUAAUGUAGUUACUGCCAACAGAAAUUGUAAAGACGGGGAAUUGAGACAAAUAAAUGAUGCUUUUUU